ACAUGAACCGGAUGUUGUCUGAAUGUCAAAGAUGGCGCUCGACGUGUCUCGGUGAGUAACGACCUGUUCCGAGUGUCCAUACGCGCUUUUAGAGGGUCCAGGGCCUCGCCACACGCCGGUUCACCCACCGAGCCUGAGUGUCGGUAGAAGAGGGGAACCCAGUCGAGGAGGACAUGGCUCUGAGUGAGGUCAAUCGCAGCGUGCGGCGGUUGUUCUGUCAAAUUCAACGGUGUCGUGUUGCUUCAAACCACACAGCUCGGGGUCUGAGCCAAGCGGCCUGUGAGCCGGAGCCCAGAGCGAAUGAAAAUGAGGCCGUGAAGCCGACCUUCGUCAACAGGAACCCCCGGAACCUGGAGCUGAUGGCGCUGGCUGUGAAGGACCGGGGCUGGAGGACGACCUGGCCCCACCGGGAGUUCUACCACAGGUUGGUGUUUUCUCGCACCCAACAUCACGUGACGGCACAAGUGUUCUCCUGCAGCUCUGCCGUCCCGGUGCUGACCUGUUCGACCACGGAGUGGGCUCUGAAGAAGGAGCUGGCUUCCACGAGGUGUGUGGCAGCCUGUCAAGCGGUGGGCGAUGUGCUGGCACAACGAUGUCAACAGGCUGGCAUCACGAGGAUGGUGUACAGAGCCAUUCCCUGGACGUACCGCUCCGACGCUGUUCAGGCUUUCAGGGCAGCUAUGAAAGAUGGAGGAAUCACUUUGAGUGAGCCUAGAAGGAAAUACAUUGGGACCUAAAUUCAAAUGACAUCUAUCACUUCAAUUGUUUUGUAGUAAAAUAGUCUUACUGUUACUAAUGAAAUAAGGACGACCAGCAUUACAGUAAAUGACAAUGUAAAGAGAAUCCAAAUGAGCGCUGAAAGUCAGGUUGCCUGUCCUUGUGGAUAAAAUGUUCCUGAACACAA